CCACUUCGUGGAAGCCUGCUGAGGUUUGCACUGUCUUCUUGUAGCAUCAUGAAGGAGCAGUUUCGAGACACAGAUGUGGCCAAAAAGAUUGGCCAUCUGCAGUUUGGGCUGUUUUCAGCGGAGCAGAUGCGGCAGCAGGCGCACAUCCACGUGGUCAGCAAGGCUCUGUACUCACAGGAUAACUCCAGGAAACCUGUACCUUACGGCGUUCUUGACCACAGAAUGGGUACUAGUCAGAAGGACGCCAACUGUGAGAUGUGCGGGAAAGCCCUGGCAGACUGUAUAGGCCACUAUGGAUACAUUGACUUGGAGCUGCCCGUGUUCCAUGUUGGCUAUUUCAAGAGCAUUAUCGCCAUUCUCCAGAACAUAUGCAAGACAUGCAGCAGGGUUCUGCUGAGAGUGGUGGACCGUCAGGUGUUCCUGGACCUCCUGAAGAGACCCACUCUCUCUGCGCAGGCCAGGAAGGCCAUUGCCAAGAAGAUCAACGAGAAGUGUAGGAAGGUGUCCUCCUGCCACCACUGCUCUGCUCCCAAUGGUCCAGUGAAGAAAUGCGGACUGCUAAAGGUGUUGCAUGAAAAGUUUAAACCUCCGACGUCGCGUCAACAGCCGUCCAACGAGACGCUAGCCUUCAAACAGUCUCUGGAGGAGGUUGCUGAGCAGAACAAAGAACUGCUGCCACACAUCGGCAAGGCUCAGGAAAACCUGAAUGCACUCAGGGUGUUGAAUCUCUUCAAAAACAUCCCAGAUGAGGAUAUUCCUCUGGUGGGGAUGUCUGCUGAGAACGGUCGUCCGGAGAGCCUGAUUCUCACAAGAAUCCUCGUCCCCCCGCUCUGCGUCCGUCCCUCGGUUGUCUCCGAGACUCAGGCUGGAACGACAGAAGAUGAUGUCACCAUGAAACUAACGGAGAUUAUAUUUCUCAAUGAUGUCAUCCAAAAACACCGCACACAGGGGGCCAAAGUUCAAAUGAUUAUGGAAAGCUGGGAUUUCCUCCAGUUGCAGUGUGCUCUCUACAUCAACAGUGAAGUGUCGGGCAUACCACUAGCUAUGGCUCCCAAGAAGCCGACGCGAGGGUUCGUCCAGAGACUCAAGGGCAAGACUGGCAGAUUCAGAGGAAACCUCUCUGGGAAGAGAGUUGACUACUCCAGUAGAACUGUCAUCUCCCCAGACCCCAACGUUCAGAUUGACCAGGUGGUGGUUCCAGUUCAUGUGGCAAUGAUACUCUCCUAUCCAGAGCGGGUGACCCACGCCAACAUACGGCUGAUGAGGAAGCUGGUGGAGAGCGGACCAGAGAGACAUCCUGGAGCCAACUUCAUCCAGCAGAGAGGUCAAGUCUUCAAGAAAUUUCUCAAGUAUGCAGACCGUCCGAAAGUGGCUAAAGAGCUGAAGUAUGGAGACCUGGUGGAACGGCAUCUGAUAGAUGGGGACGUGGUUCUGUUCAACCGUCAGCCUUCGCUGCACAAACUCAGCAUCAUGGCCCAUUUCGCAAAGGUCAUGCCAAACCGGACAUUCCGGUUCAACGAGUGUGUAUGCACUCCGUACAACGCCGACUUUGACGGAGACGAGAUGAACCUUCACCUCCCGCAGACCGAGGAGGCCAAGGCCGAGGCUCUCACUCUCAUGGGGACCAAAUCAAAUCUGGUGACUCCGAGGAACGGGGAGCCACUGAUAGCUGCCAUCCAGGACUUCAUAACAGCCAGCUACCUCCUCACUCAGAAGGACGUGUUCUUUGACAGGACCAAGUUCUGUCAGAUUGUCGCCUCCAUGCUACACGGGAGGGAUGGAGGGGUUAAAAUUGAUCUUCCUCCCCCGGCAAUCUGGAAGCCUGUGAGACUGUGGACAGGGAAGCAGAUAAUCGGCUGUCUCCUGAGACCUAACAAGACCUCUCCAAUUCUGAUGAACCUCAGAGCCAAAGGGAAGCAGUACACGACGGGAGAAGACCUUUGCUCCAACGAUUCCUAUGUGGUUGUGUUCAACAGCCAGCUCAUGUGUGGAGCUCUCGACAAGUCUUCUCUCGGGUCAGGCUCCAAAACAAACAUCUUCUACAUUCUCCUCAGAGACUAUGGAGAGCAGACUGCAGCCAACUGCAUGUCUCGACUGGCCAGACUCUGUCCAUACUUCCUCUCAAACCGAGGGUUCUCUAUUGGUAUUGGCGACGUGACCCCGGGGCCGCGUCUAGUGAGGGAGAAGGAGAGGCUGGUGAGGGAGGGCUACGAGAAGUGCAGAGAGUACAUCAGGAGUUUCCAGGAGGGCAAGCUCCAGAGCCAGCCCGGCUGCUCAGUCGAAGAAACACUAGAGUCAGUCGUUCUCCGCGAGUUGUCUGUCAUCCGUGAGUCUGCGGGGAAAUCUUGCAAGAAAGAGCUCCAUCGCACCAACAGCCCCCUCAUCAUGGCUCUCUGCGGCUCAAAGGGUUCUUUCAUCAACAUCUCGCAGAUGAUAGCCUGCGUGGGUCAGCAGGCCAUCAGCGGGAAGAGAAUCCCUGAUGGGUUCGAGGAUCGGGCCCUGCCUCAUUUCCCCAGGAAAUCCAAAGAGCCUGCAGCCAAGGGAUUUGUGAAGAACAGUUUCUACUCUGGGCUCACACCCACAGAGUUCUUCUUCCACACUGUCGGAGGGAGAGAAGGACUUGUGGAUACUGCAGUGAAGACGGCAGAGACUGGCUACAUGCAGCGGAGACUAGUCAAGUCUCUGGAAGACCUCUGCUCCCAAUAUGAUCUGACAGUCAGGAACUCCGAGGGGUUCAUUGUCCAGUUCAAGUACGGAGGAGAUGGUCUAGACCCCGCAGCCAUGGAGGGGAAGGACAAACCUGUGGAGUUCCCUAGAGUUUUGCAGCAUAUCAAGGUCGCCAGUACCCUCUGCAUCGACAGCCUCGCCUUGUAUAGCUCCGUCCUUGAUUUAGCUUUAUCUGUAGUGUAGCUCUGGAAAAGUAGGCCCCCUACAGCUGUAGAAAACGAAAAUUAGUAUUAUUACAGCAGACUCUGUAUUGCUAUGUAGUGUACAUAUGUAACAAGCUCCCUGCUUUAGUUGUGUACUAGCUAACCAUCUUAAUAGUGUAUGAGAAAUGGUCGGCCCUUUUGCUCAAUGUGUCAGUAUUCACUGCUCUUUUUUUAUUAGUCUUAUACCUUCAACUUUUUUGUUGUAUAAGCCCUGUGUUAAGUCACUGAACUGAUGCAAGGUGUGUGCAGGCGAUGUAUCUGUGUGGAACAGAGUCUCCGCUGAGUCCAUCUCAAGUCAGGUUCCUCUCUGACAAGGCCUUUCAGUCAAACAUCUUCCUCUACUGCAACAACGAGUUCAAGAGAGGAAUUAGGUCAUUCCUGGAUAAAGCGGUGGACGACAUGGAGUCAUUCUGGCUGCGCCACGGAAUACCAGAUCCCUUCAAAGAGGGGGCUGCCAGAAGUGGAGAGAUUGCGGAACUCCUCAACCCAAUGGAUGAUGCAGUCCCAAGAGUUCUCUACCAAAUCCAGCGGUUCACCAGAACGCAGAUGGAAAAGUUCCUCACCACUUGUGUUGACAAGUUCAUGCGGGCGAGAAUCGAGCCUGGGACGGCGGUGGGGGCUGUGGGGGCACAGAGUAUUGGCGAACCAGGCACUCAGAUGACCCUCAAGACCUUUCAUUUUGCUGGAGUUGCCAGCAUGAAUAUUACGCUGGGAGUCCCCCGAAUCAAGGAGAUAAUCAAUGCGUCGAAGGUCAUCAGCACACCGAUCAUAACUGCCCACCUUGAGACGGACAACGACCCAGAGUUUGCCAGGAUUGUCAAAGGGAGGAUUGAAAAGACUCUACUUGGAGAGGUUUCUCGGUAUAUUGAAGAGGUCUACGAACCAGAUGGUUGCUUCAUCAAGAUCAGGCUGGACCGCAACCGAGUCAAACUCCUGAAAGUGAGCCCAUUUUCUGGGGGUCUUUCGCUAACUCCCAGUUGCAGGGGGGUCUUUUGCAGGGGGUCUCUCAGUUUUCAUUAAACUUUAAUGACAUGUUUGUUUUUGUCAAAAAUAUUGAUGACACUGCAAUCCCCUGGUAUCUAAAGGUAUCUAAAGAGCCUACACAUUAGUGUACUGAAACAGUGGUCGUGUAAACAAAAGCAUUCCAACCGAGCCUGUCAUCAUUAGGUAAAUUCCUUGUGCUGUAUGUAUAUAGUCCGUGUGUGUGUGUUAAGUGUUGUGUUUGUUGUUAUGAGUCUUCUGUUGCUAUAGUAUAUUUACAAUGCAGUUGGAGGUCGACGUCAACACCAUACUCUACAGUCUCUGCGCUGCCCCCAAACUAAAACUGAAGCCAAAGAACAUCUCAAUCAGAAGUUCCUCUGUCCUGUUUGUCUAUCCUCCUGAUAAUCCCAAGAGCACUGUGUAUUACGUACUGCAACACCUCAAGUGUCUACUGCCAAAUGUAGUGGUCAAGGGAAUAGAUAGUGUCAGUAGAGCUAUUAUUCACAUUGAUGAAGGCAAGAGAGGGGAGAGGUACAAGCUGCUGGUGGAAGGGAUGAACCUCCAGAAAGUGAUAGCCACCCGUGGUGUGAAGGGUACGGCCACCACUUCUAACCACACUACUGAAGUGGAGAAAUCUUUGGGCAUAGAAGCAGCAAGGCAAACAAUCAUCAAUGAGAUAGUGUACACAAUGGUGAACCAUGGGAUGAGCAUAGAUUCACGACAUGUAAUGCUACUGGCUGAUCUCAUGUGUUUCAAGGGCGAGGUGCUUGGCAUCACCAGAUUUGGGUUGGCAAAGAUGAAAGAGAGCGUUCUAAUGCUUGCCUCAUUUGAGAAGACUGCUGACCAUCUGUUUGAUGCAGCCUUUCAUGGACAGAGAGAUGCCGUCUGUGGUGUGAGUGAGUGUAUCAUUAUGGGGAUACCUAUGUCUAUUGGAACUGGGAUGUUCAAGUUGCUCCAUAGACACAAGAGCCCAGCUGUGGCAAGGCAGAAGAAGCUUCUCUUUGACAAUCCAGACUUUCACCUUCAUGAACAUUCAUACCGUCACCCGCUACCAAAUUCCAGUUAAUUAAAUUCAUGAGUUCCCCGUCAUUAUCAGCAAUUGAUUUGGAGGCGUGGCGGGUGAUUCCAAAUAAAAAGCACCAAGUAAACAUGGGAGAUCAGCGCUGGUACUGGUUGUCAUAGUUCGGCCGCUAGGCCCCGGGCAGGCACGCGCGGCUAACCGCUGCUAGCUGCCGCCGUUUGAUGCUCCGUGUUCCGAGGCGGAUAUGUCCCAAGAUGGCGGCGGGGAGCGCGGGGUUUUGGCGGGAAAGGGAAGGGUGUCCCGGCUCUGCCAGCCUCUCCUGAACUGCCUCCACUCAGACCAGAGCCCGCUCUCCGUCCUCGAGUACCUAAUCCAGUUCAUGGCGGCUAGAGACGCCCUCCACCUCCUCCAGUUCUGGUUCUCUGUCACUUCAUUCAGAAAUGCAACCCCAACAUCACUCACAGACUCCAACAAACCUCUCUGCACGUCUCCUCCUCUUCCUACCUCCCUUGGCAGUGACCCUGGAGGAGAAGACAGCAGACUUAGAGACCAUAAAUGUCCUGCUAGUGUCACUAAGUGUGUGAGAGAGACUAAGACAGAGCAGUCUCCCCACACACUGGUCAGUGCCGCAGUGAACUGUGGCGGUACUGCAGUAGUGUUGGGUGCCGAGCAAUUGGGUGGUGGUGACAGAAGUGAUGGUGUGGGUGGUGCUAGUUGUGCGCAUGGUAUGGGGAAUGGAGAAGUGAUGGAGGGGAGGGGUGAUGUAGCUGUGGUGGCUACUGAUUGGACCCACACAUCAGGCACCAAACCUGCAGAUGUCACUAGGCAACCCAGUCUCAAUGUCGUGAGCGACGCAAUGGGAAUCUAUAGUACAUACAUAGCUCUGAAUGCCCUUGCACCUGUUCGCAUCCCAGACGACAUUAGACAGAGUGUAGAAGUGAGCAUAUGUCCCGAAGAUGGAAUUGUCAAUCGAACCUGCUUUGACGAGGCUCAGGACUACGUCUAUGGAAUCAUAGAGAAACGGUACUACCCACAGUUUCUGAGAAGUUCGUAUCUGUGCAAAUUCCAGUUGGAGUUGGUGUCUAGUGGACAGCUCUGUCUUCUGGAUUUCCUUCUGGGCAGCGAUUCACUUGGCUAUUUCACUGAGUUCAUGGAGGCUGAGGCUGCACUCCCACUGUUACAGUUCUGGCUAACUGCAGAAACCUUUCGUGAGAAUCUCACCACAGCCAAGAGAACUCCUGGGAAGCAAUGUAGCUCAGAGGAAAACUUGGAAGAUGCCAUCUCAAUAUAUGAGAGGUAUUUCUCGCUGCAGGCCACCCAGCCACUGGGGAUGGGUGACAGGGUGAGGGUGGAGAUCGAAUCAAGGAUCUGCGACGAGAGAGGACCACGACCUGACUCUUACCUCCCUGCCCAACUGCUGGCUUAUGACACCAUGAAUGAGAAGUACUACCCACACUUCAUGGAGAGUGGACCCUAUAUAAAGUUCCUCCACUGUCUACUGGCUGUGGUGAAGUCAACCCCUGAGGACCAAGAGCCAGACAAACCAACUCUCAACAGCAGAGCUGGGUCUUUCUCUGCUCAGUCUGAAACAGAAACCCUCCCAUGGUUCCCUGCCUACGAUGUGGAUGACCCUGAGUCUCUGUGGAGACGGCCACAUUUCUUGAUGAGACUAGGGUGUGUGGAUGGAAUGGGACAAUACUGGUCUGAAAUAGAUCCUUUUCCCACCAAGACAAACAGAUCCAAAGAUCAGGCAAAGCACUUCAGACAGUUCAAAAACAGACAGGAAGAAGAGGAAUGGGAGUAUGCUGUGAAGGUAUCAAAGACUAUCGUGGCCAAGAUCUUGAAGAGAACUUCUCGAACAUCAUUUAGGAAAUAGCUGUUUGUACUAAAAUACACAUGUGCUACUUUUGUUUGUAA